AUGGUUGUCGAUAUCCAAGGUGUCAAAAUUGAUAAAGGUUACUUGUUGACUGAUCCAGCAAUCCAUUGUACAUAUGUAAGAAGAUUCGGUGCAACCAACUUGGGUAAACCUGGAAUGAUCAAAUUCUUUGAUACUCAUGAAUGCAAUAAGCAUUGUCGUGAACUUAAACUUGUGAAACCUUCGUUCGAUAUUCCAACAAAAACUACUUCUCAUUCAACCACUAAAUCACCAAACACAAUAUCCCCUAUUAAUUUAAUUUAA